AGUCGAGCCGCCGCCGCCGUCCGGUGGGGACACUCGGGUGGGUCGCUCCGUGUCCGUGUCGCCUCGCCGCCUCCGUCGCGGUGGACUGUGACUCGUCUCUGUGGACUGUGGAUCGGUCGCCGGUGGACUGUGUGGAUCCUGUGCCAGUGGACUGAGCGGUGCGCCGGUCGUCAGGUCAGCGGUCGUCUGAUUGUCAGCCGCGAUAUACGAAAUAUUCAACAACGGAGGUCUGUUCUACGCAUUCUGGAUAUAACACGGUGCAGUCGUCGCCGAUCGGGCUGCUGUGACGUUAUCCGUGGAAGUUUCUCACGCGAGCUUCGCACGCCACAAUGGAUCUCUACAACAACUCGGUGCUCAACAUCGAGGACCCUGGUCUGCGGGAGGCCAUGAACGUGGCCCUGAAGAGCGGUCACGUGCCCAUCGAGGACCAGUGGCGCAUUGACGCCAUCACCAAGCGCUACCACCAGUGUCUGGCGCAGCCCGAGAUGCCCCCGGGCGCCGCAGACGAGGAGUACUGUCCGCGGGUGUUUGACGGCUGGAGCUGCUUCAACUACACCAAGGCCGGAGAGACCCAGUCCGUCACCUGCCCCUACUUUGUCAUCGGCAUGAACGCAAAACACGAGGCGUACCGCUCGUGUCUGGAGAGCGGGGAGUGGUUUCGGCACCCGGACUCGCCACCAGGCGUGUCCGGCUGGUCCAACUACACGACGUGCGUGGACCUCCGAGACCUCAGCUUACGUCAGGUCGUCAACAGCGUGUACAUUUGCGGCUACUCAAUCUCGCUCGCCGCCAUUAUCAUCUCACUUCUCAUCUUCAUGUACUUCCGGACGACUCUCAACUCAACUCGUGUCCGGAUUCACAUCAACCUGUUCGUGUCGUUCAUGAUCAACAACUUCAUGUGGAUCAUGUGGUACGAGUUCAUCGUGGAUGACGUCAAACUUCUGAAUGAUAACACGAUCUGGUGUCGCAUGAUGCACAUAAUAGUGCAGUACUUCAUGGUGGCCAACUACUUCUGGAUGUUCUGCGAAGGUCUUUACCUGCACACGGUGCUGGCCGUGGCGUUUGUGACCGAGGGUAAACUGAUGAAGUGGCUGUACGUCAUCGGCUGGAUCGUUCCCGUCAUCUUCACGGGUAUCUACGCGGUGGUACGCGGCCUGUCGCCGAACGUGCCACCAGAGACCACCUCCUGGUGCUGGAUGGAGGAGGCCUACACCUGGCUGCUCUCUGCGCCCGUCUGUACCUCCAUGUUGGCCAACUUCGUGUUCCUGGUCCGCAUCGUCUGGAUCCUGGUCAGAAAGCUGCGCGCCGCCCCAGGCAAUGAGGAACACAACAACUCGUGGCGGGCUGUGCGCGCCACGCUGAUCCUGAUCCCGCUGCUCGGCCUGAACUACAUGCUGGCACCGUUCAGACCGGAGCCCGGCGCUCCCGGGGAGAACGUCUACCAGAUCCUGAACGCCGUCACCACAUCGGCGCAGGGAUUCUGCGUGGCCCUGCUCUUCUGCUUCAUGAAUGGAGAGGUUCUGCAGCAGUUCAAAAAGAAGUGGCAGCAGUCGCGCAUUAUGAAGGGCAAGCCCACCAACUCCUACGCCUUCACGACUAUGAGCGUGAGUAGACGAACCCCGGACAAAUCCCGGUGAAGCUUGUGUCCAGUCUCCCACGCGGGUGUCCUGUCUCUCACGCUGUGUGCUGUCUGUCACUCUGGUGUGGUGGGGAACCUCCCUGUGUAUAAUACGGGACGUGUGACGUGUAUGC